GCGGUUUGUUUUUUGUUUGUUUUUUUUUUCUCUUUAACGCGAAAAAACAGGGUGGGAGGGGAUUGACUUAUUUAAUUGCUUAUUUCAAUAACGUACCGUAAAUGUACCGAGCUGGUGUGAACGAUUUCUUUCUCUCCCCCUGCUCCUGUCGUUCCCUUUUGCCCCUCCCUUCUCCGCAGGCCACCUCUGUAAAGGUGUGUGUAAACUUGAAGAACUCGGGCUUUUUCAGUUAAAAUCUUCACCUGUAUCGCAGCACAGCAAACAUGCCUGAACAAAGCAAUGAUUACAGGGUGGUUGUGUUUGGAGCAGCAGGGGUUGGCAAAAGCUCCUUGGUCCUUCGUUUUGUAAGGGGAACUUUCAGGGAAACCUAUAUCCCCACAAUCGAAGAUACGUACCGGCAGGUAAUCAGCUGCGAUAAGAGCAUCUGCACCCUUCAGAUUACGGACACCACGGGAAGCCAUCAGUUCCCUGCUAUGCAGAGGCUGUCUAUAUCCAAAGGGCAUGCUUUCAUCUUGGUGUACUCAGUCACCAGCAGGCAGUCCAUGGAAGAUCUUCAGCCCAUCUUUGAACAGAUUUGUCAGAUUAAAGGGGACAUCCAAAAAAUCCCAAUCAUGUUGGUGGGUAACAAAAGUGACGAGACCCAGAGGGAACUGGAUGCCAGCGAGGGGCAAGCGUUAGCCAGCAAGUGGAAAUGCUCCUUUAUGGAGACCUCAGCCAAAAUGAACUACAACGUGCAGGAGCUCUUCCAGGAGCUCUUGAACCUGGAGAAGAGGAGAACUGUCAGUCUCCAGGUGGACGGAAAGAAAUCCAAGCAGCAGAAAAAGAAAGAUAAACUGCAAGGGAAGUGCUCUGUUAUGUGAUUGACUUGGGCUAGACUCGUGCCACUGCAUGGUAUAAUCGGAGCAUGGACUCCCACAGAAAAUACAUUUCUGCUGGAGGUUUCAGAUGAAUCCAUGCCUUAUAGGGCUAUUGAUUUCCUCCAAAAUCUCUGCUGGAUUGUUUUAUGUGUUGGUUUUAAAGAGGAUGGCUUUCUGCAUGUGUAUUUUUUUUUUUUAAAUAAUAAACGUUUAAUGUUAGCAAUUACAUGUGACUAGAAGUUUUUAAUGCAAGAAGUUUAGAGAAGAGAAAAAUGUCAGUCAGAAAAAAAAU